AUGCUGCACUGUCACAGCACAAAUCCCACCUGCACAAUCGAGGGUCUUGAUUGCGGAACCGUUUACAAUUUCUCCGUCCAGGCCUCAGAUGGUACAUGCAACAGCUCCUUCAGUGACCCAGUGCAGAGGGGAGCAGACGCUGUUGAGGUGCAGCUGCUGCCAAUGCAGAUGGAGAUCCAGGUGAUGCGCUUCAACUGGACACAGAUCUCCUGCAGAGACACUGAGUACAUUCUGGCGCUAACAGGAAGUCUGCUGGGGGACACCCAGGCCCUGUUCGAGCUCUCCUCUUUUUGGACACAAAGGACGUACUUCGAGAUUCCUCUCCCCUGCAGUUCAUCCUACAACGCUACAGUGCAGAGCAGGAACGGUGCUGGUACCAGCGACCCGUCUGUGUCUCUCAGUGGAACAACAGCUCCUUGUCCCCCACCAGGAGUGUUGUACAGUGGUAACAGCUCCUUUGCCACAAUCUCAUGGAACGCGUCAGUGUUUGCCACCACAUACACCGUGUAUGACAACAGUGUUACACCAAAGGCUCAGUUAUGCAGCGUCACGGGGCUGUCCUGCUCUCUGUCCAACAUCACCUCCAGUCACCUGGUGAUCACAGCCAGCAACACAGCUGGAGAAAGUGAAGCUAAAAGUGUCACAAAUGUGGUACCACAAGGACGCAGGAGGAGAGAUCUCAGUGAAAUGCAGAAUGGAGGCCUCUCGGCUCCCAUGCUAGAUGUCACACAAGCAAUGUCAACAGUUAUUUUUGUUGAGUGGUCUCAAGUGGAUGCUGCCUCCCACUACAGCCUGGUGAUCAAGAAGCAGGACAGAUCCAGUAAACCUCAGGAACUAACAGUGUAUGGGGAGAAUAUAAUUCUCACUGAUAUGAGCCCGAACUCUACCUACUGUUUCUCUGUGUCGGCCAGCAACGCGGCCGCUAGUGGACCAGAGUCAGAGCCCGUGUGUGUGCAAAUACGAGCAGGGCUUCCCCAGUAAAGGGAAGCACUUCUGUAGACAAAAAAGAGGUCUGUACACGCAUCUCCCAGUUAAAUGUGAUGACUUUACUGUCAAAAUGGCAGCUUGUUUGACAUUUACUCAUAAUUCACAAUAACUUGGAUCUGGUAGGAUAUGGGGGAUAGUGUAGGUUGCUUUGACAUUUACAAUUCUGCCUGUUUACCAUAAGUUGCACAGUUGUUUUAGUGCAUGUUGGUCAUGAAAUGAAACAUUAAGACUAUUUAACACCCAGGAGGGACAUAUUAGGUAGAUGUCUUCCAAAUAGAAGCCUGGGCCCUAAAUAUUUGACGUUCUUCUAAUUUGUACUUGUGUAAAAACCUUUUAGAGAUACAUGUUUUACUGCUGUUGGUUGAGGUUAUACAUUUAUAUGUAGGGCUUUGUUCCUCCUGCUUUUUAUAUUUUAUUCACUUUUGUAAAUUAUAUAUUGGUCAUCUUAAAAGGUAAUAUAUCAGGAAGUGUCUAGA